AUGGCGACUUUUGCAGAAAUUUACCUUUCCCCAGCGUUUCUCAUCUAUCCUCCCUUGCUGUUCAUAGUCGGAAAUAUCGUUGUCUUCAUCCUCAACACACUCCGUCCGAAAGCCUUCCCCCCCGGGCCGCGAGGGCUUCCUGGGCUUGGCAACCUGCUUCAGGUCGAUAGGGCCUUUCCGUUUCUCACUUACGGCAUCUGGGCCAAAAGCUAUGGCAGCGACACUCCACUGGGGGUGAAGAAGGGCGCCAGCAACGUUGUCGUAUUGAACAGUGGUCGUGCGGUCCGCGAACUUUUCGAAAAGCGUGGGGCUGUUUACAGUGACCGCCCCUGGCAGUUCAUGAAUAACACAUGGGUCUUCAAAGAUGACCUGAGAGCUGCCAUUUUCCAGAACAACUCCACUUGGCUCACCCGCUGGCGCAGGGAAUUUAACAACAGUUUCGGCACGACCGCCAUCACAAGGCUCCGUCCGGCCUACGAGGCCGAGUCGGCCAGGCUUCUUGUCAAGUUGCUGGAGUCCCCAGUCGCGAGGACGGUGGACUUGGAAGCCAUCCUCGUAUGCUGGAUGAUGAGUGUGCCAUGUUUGGGCGUGUGUGGCAGGCGUCCAGACUCUAUGGGUGACCACGGCUUCGAGAUCAAGCAGUUCCGGCGUUGUAGUGACGAGUACGCCGCCCUGGUCGCACCCAAUGCCGGCGACUUGUUCCCUUUCUUGCGCUACCUUCCCGAGUUCUUCGGCAUGGCCGAGUGGAAGGAAAGGGCUCGAGCGGUCAGGGCAGGAGUCCUUGAGACCGGCGCUCAGUUUCUGAGUACCGCCAAGGAACAGCGCGCGGCUCUAGAUGCGGGCAAGCCGAUUGCAUGGGAGAGCGUGCUGGCAAAGAUGCUGAGGGAGCAGCGUGAAAAGAAAGAUGACAUUUUCACAGUGACAGACCUUGGCAACACCGCAUUCCACAUAGUGUCAGCCGCUACAAAUACGUCGCUAGCGGUGUUCUCGAUCAUGCUGAUGAUCCUGGCAAAGUACCCAGAGCUUCAGCAACGAGUCAGGAAUGAGGUACUUGAGGUUUCAGGAGGCGCGGUGCCCAAGGCUACCGAUGUGCCGAACUUGAAGUAUACGGAGGCCUUUUGGAACGAGGCCCACCGAUGGCGUCCUGUUGCCCCGCAAGCUGUCGCCCACGCCCCAUCCCAGGACGACGUUUACAACGGCUAUCGCAUCCCCAAGGGCACUGCCGUGCUCAUGAACGUCUGGCAUAUCCACCACUCCGAGGAAGACUACGACGAUCCCGACGAGUUCAUCCCGGAGCGUUUCCUACAGCACCCGUUCGGAAUGCGGCAGGACGAGGCGCACGACCCGGCUCACUUGGAGGCGGCGAGGUCGCGGGUCACCUACGACUUUGGCGCUGGGAGGAGAAUAUGCCCCGGGAUGCAUUCGGCGAAGCAAAAUUUGCUCCUUGGUCUGGCUAAGGUUCUCUGGGCAUUUGACGUUCUGCCGCCCGAGGGGAAGGAGAUUGACCUGAGCCUGGAGACUGGCUUCAUCCAGGAAAUCGCCUUGCACCCCAAGGAUUUUGAUGUCGUCCUGAAACUGAGGGACGGGCGCUCCAAGGAGGAUAUCAUGAACCACUACUCUGAGACCUAUGAGAUCGAGGCAGAGAUGAUGGGCUGGGAGGGGGGCCUGUACAAGUAG